GUUAGUCAGCCAGAGCCAAUGAUCCGUAGAGUAGUCGUCGUUGGUCGUUCCGGUCGAAAAUCGUGCUCGUGGGCUUUUCUCGAAAGAGGCUUAUUCAGCAAUAGCGCAACGUGAUCGAAAGUGAAAACAAAUAUAUAACACACACACACACAUAAGUCACUAACGUCGUCUGGGGAACCGAUUAGAGACGGUCUGCCGUCGUCGACUAAGCCAUUAUGUGCGUUGUUAGGAAGAUGUGAUGGCCAGUUUGCGGUGUUGAUGUUGAUGGAAAGUUUAAAAUAAAUCGUAAAUUAUAGAUUUACGCCUUGCAAUCUCCGGGGUCCGUUCGGGGCGAUUCGAUUUGUGGCGACGACGACGUGUAAUAUAGUGAUCCAUUUCGAACCACCGAGUGCGAGAAGCCGACAGUGAUUAGACGCCGGCUUACGGUCGAGUUUCGAGAUUGUGGUUUGAAAGUGACAGUGAGUCAUUCGGAAUUUCGAUACAAGUCAAUGGCCGGUUUAAGGGAAGAUUAGGAUAGGUUCAAUUGGAAGGUGUGUGGUCGUGGCUUGAAGUUGUGCAAUGGAAGCGGACGUUCUGAAUGCGUUGAAUACGCAGACGGCGUACAUCCCGGGAGGACGAGAUCGCGAUGGACAUCCGUUGAUCGUCAUACCGGUGCCGUUCUACGAUAACCUACCGUGGAUGAAGGGAUUCCUGGAAACGACCGUCAAGUACCUUUUGUCUUCACUCAGCACGGAAACCAUCAGCCAUGGCUUUGCAGUGACCCUGGAUGCGCAGAAAUGCUCCUGGCGAUCGGCACGGCAGUACAUCCGACACGUCCACACGCUUCUGGGCCCAAACCUGGACAGCUUUCUCGUCAUUCGACCGGACGCCUUUUGGGAAAAGAAUCGCGUCGAAAACUGCGCCCGUCAUCAUCGACAGGGAGAGCCGACGGUUAUCUCGAAAUCACGUCUCGUCAAGUACUUCGAGCUGAGUGAGCUUCCCGAUGAGUUGGGUGGCAACGCCGUGUACAACCACGACCAAUGGAUACAGAAUCGGCUGCGCAUUGAGGAAUUCCGAAAAUCCUACGAUAAAGCGAUCGCUGACCUAGAAAACCUGCACCGGCUGCUGCUGGACAACCGGACGGUGCGGGCCAGCGAGUCGGAACCGGCGCUCAAGUCCUGCCGGCAGCUGAACCAAGACGUGCAGAAUUCGUUGAUCCUCGUCAUGGACGGUGGCAAUAAACUGAUUUCCCUCAUCGGUGACCUACAAAGUACAAAAACUUUACUGUCCCAAGACCUCCUGGACAGUCGCGAAUCGGUGAAGCACAUGCUCAACACCAUCGACAAGAGGCAAUCGUCGAUCAACGCCGCACUGCAGGAGCUGGAACGAAACGUCGAGGAACUCCGCGAGCUGGCAACCCUGGAGGAGGGCGUCUCCUACGUGACCAACUGGAUCCUGACCACGGCGGAGACCAUGCUCAACGCGCAGCUCAAAGUCGGCUACGACGUCACGACGGCCGAUAAGCACCGCUUGGAGCACGAAAUCCUGGAGCUGCAGUGCUGGAAGACGUACGGUUUCUACGCGGAGCUGAUCUACAAGAUCGACAACUUUCCAAAGAUAAAGGACUCGGCCCCGUUCAAGGAUCUGAUGUCGCAGCGCGAGUGGAUGGACUUCGUAUGCCGGAGCUUCGCGCAACGGUUGGAGCGGCGGCGCAAUGUGCUGAUCACGUCGGUGCGGUUCUACCGGCUGGUGGCGGAGUACUUCGACCGAACCAGCGAGGUGUUCCAGUCGCUCAUCAUGGGCGACAAGGUGGACGACUUUGACCUGGCCAAUGCGAAGCUGCACAAGCUGAAGGAUAGUCAACAAACUUUAGACUCCGUCGAGAAGGAAAUCAUCAAGGAGGGUGAAAAGCUGAGCGACAUCCUGUCGAUGCCCGUCAAGGAUGCCGUGGGUCGGGAAGUCGAGGUGGACUACAGCGAAGACAUCGCCAACGUGCGGGACAUCCUGGAUGCAACCAUCUCCCGUUCGCGGAUCUUCGUCGAAAGUGUCGAACUGCAGCGGCUGACGCUGGAUCAGAUCACCCACAUCUACAAGUACGAAACGGACGCCGAGACGGCCCUGCAGUGGAUGGACGAUUUGUACAAAGUGAUGAUCCGAUCGCACACGCACGUCGGGACCAACGUCUACGAGAUUCAGGCGCAGAAGGACGAACACCAGACGUUCCAGGAGACGGCCAAGGGAACGUACAACUACGGCUGUCAGCUGUUGAAUGCGUCGCUCGCGCUGAGGCAGUCGUGCAAGUUGGAAACCGAUCGGAACAUCGACAUGACCAAGAACCUGCAGGUCACGUGGAAGCAGUUUCAGGCCGUCAGCCAGGAGCAGAUGACCCGGUUGCGGGUUUCGGCCGUGUUCCACCGGAGCGUCGAGGAGCACUGCAGCAAACUGUACGAGUUGAAGGAUAAUGUGCUGCGGAUCGGAGAGAUCGAGGAGUCCGGCCGGAGGAAAGUGAGACUGAGAAAGUGCCUGACCAGUAGGGAGCGGCUGCUGGUGGAAGUGGGUCGAAUGGUGCGACUGGGAAGACUGCUGAAAACGAGACUGAAGGAACCGUUCCUGUUGGAUGACCGGGUGGAAACCAUGGCAAGCCCGGAAAAUGUACUGGCCGAGUCGGACAAUAUUAUGGCCUGUGAGGCGAUCUCCGCUCGUCUGGCGGAAGUUUCCCGAAUAGCCGAGUCGCUGGACAGCGUCCUCCGUGACGUCCAGGGUGGUUUCGACGACGUGGACGAUGAAGUGGCGGACGUUUCGGGUGAGAUGACCCAUCGGAAGGCCGACGGCAGUAAUCAUAGUGAUGACUGGAGUUCCAGCGUGAAAUCCACCGAGGACGAAUCCUUCGUCACCGCUUCGGACUGCACCUGCACUCCGCAGUCUCGAUCAUCGUCCUACCACACGGCUUCCGAGUGUCGAGCAUCGCCCUGGUGGGGAGGAGAGUCCACCGAGCGAAGCUCCCUGGACAACGACUCCUCGGAAGAUGCCGACCCGGAAGCCCUUCCUUCGAUCAAGCUGCUAUCCGGGGUCGUCAUAACGGCGUCCUCUGCCAAUCUCUCCUUCGACGAGUCCGAGCACAGCUGCCUAACGCCGACCUCCAACAGUGAACAAGCCGACUCGGACGAUCCCCACCAAUCCCCGACGGGUCGGAACCAGUCCUCACCGGAGAUCAGCUCCGGUUCAAGCUCCGCUCUGAACUCGAUCAAUCGAAGGGAGAACCUAGCCUUGGCGCUGACCCCGGAAGAGCUGGAACAGAUCGAGAACGAUAUCCGGAACAACAACAACGUCAUGGUGGCAGUGGCAGAGAGCACACCCAAGGGCGCCAAGCAUCACAGUUCACCGACGGCCAGCGAAGACAGCGGCAAUGUAAGUACGAUCAGUGCCAAACUGGACGCUGUCCUGGAGCUGGAAAGUCCUCCGCUCAAGACAGGCAACCAGGAAAUCUCCGGACUGACUUACUACUAUCAGAAUAUCAUUGCGAAGCACACGGUCAAGAGCUGUUUGUGAGCUGGUUGGUUCUCGGUGGUGCGUAGAUCGGUCAUAGUGUAGCUAAAAGAAGAAGAAAAUGUGAAAUGUGUUUGUGCCGGCAAGUGGCAAGAAUCUCAACAAAUUCAUUUGUGUUCUCAGUAAGUAGGAUUUACUUCUAUCGUGUUCUAGACUAGUGUGACAUUCCAAUCAUUAUUAUCUAAGUUUCUUGUUUUAACUAACUUGCACGAAUAGGUUAGAGUAGCGGAAUUGGCAGUUGAAAUCCUGCUAGCUAUUUUCAAUUGACUAGGUUGUAAGUUUUAAUACGAAUAAAAGCUGUUUUUGUUA